AUGGCGAUUGAUGAUGAGAAUGCGACUUCUACUAACGAGAAUGUCACUGCCACUACUGUCACAGCUGAGAUCAGAUCGCAUGCAUCAUCGGACGAUGAGUUCGAGGAAGGAGUUACAGUUGCAGUGACUCAUCCUCUAUAUCUGGCACCUAGAGAUACCAGUGGCAUCUCUCUAAUUUCAUUCCAGUUAACUGGAACUGAUAAUUACUCCUUGUGGUAUAGAUCUAUGCGAAUUGCAUUGUUAGGUCGUAAUAAGCUGGGAAUUGUUGAUGGACGAUGGCCAAAUGAGAGGUUUCGCGAGAAGUACUGGUACCAGUCGGAAAGGUGUAACGCUAUCGUACUCUCAUGGUUGAUGAAUUCAGUGGCUCCAUCACUAAUUAGUGGUAUAGCCUAUGCCACUAAUGCACAAAAGGUGUGGCUAGAUCUUCAGGAGAGAUUUGAUAAGGUAAACGACACUCGAUGUUACAAUUUACACAAGGAAACCGCCACUCUGUGUCAAGGUACAUCCUCUAUCUCUGUAUACUACUCAAAACUUAAGGAUCUCUGGGAUGAAUCUGAGUCUAUAAUACCUACACCUGACUGUGAUUGUGCAAAAACAAGGGAGUUUAUUGUGCAUCUUCGAAAACAAAAGGUAUAUCAGUUUUUGAUGGGCUUGAAUGACUCCUAUUCACAAGCUCGUAGUCAAAUCCUCAUGAUGAAGCCCUUACCUACAGUGAACCAAGCUUAUGCCAUGCUUAUGAGUGAUGAAAGUCAACAAACUGUAGCUGCAUCAGCUAGUGUUUUAGGUCCUCCUCCUAUUAUGAACCCUAAUACCUAUGAAUCAACAGCACUAUAUAGUGCUAAGUCUAAUUCUAACUCAAGGUUUAGAAAGAACUACAAUGUUCAGUGUGACUUCUGCAAAAUGAAAGGAUCACCAUGGGCUGGUCCAUUUGCUGCUUCUGGUUUCAUGCUCAUAUUCAGAAGGUUUGGGUGUUUGGUAACUACACGAUGA